AUGGCCAGAACUGCUAUGACAAACACUAACAACAAGGGAAAAGCAAAAAAGGGUACACAAAAAAAGCCUGAACAAAAAGAUCAGAAAACAGAAGAAAGAAGAGCUUUUAGUAUUAGAAAACCAAACAUAACAGCUAGUCAAAAUACUAAGAAAAUUACAAAGAAACCCAGAUCAAUGGUUUUAAAAGAGAUAAAAUUUUAUCAAAAAUCUACAAAUUUUUUGGUAAGUAAAUCUCCAUUUACUCGUAUGGUCAGAGAUAUUACACGUAAUAUAGCACGUAAUGCUAAUACUGAUAUUCCAAGAUUCACUGCGCAAUCUCUUGAAAUUUUACAGGAAGUAUUUGAAGCACAUCUUACUACACUAAUGGAAACAUCUUAUUUGGCUAGUAGACAUGCUAAAAGAGUGACAUUAUAUCCUAGUGAUAUAAAGCUUAUAAACAAGGUAAGGGGUGGGAAUAAUAUAUAA